AUGGCCAACAUGGAACAGCUACGCCGUGAUGUGACCAUUCAGGAGGUGCCAAUGGGCACGAGACAACCAAUCAAAGUAAUAUUCAUUGGGAUGGGGGCGUCUGGCGUUAAUUUUUGCAAGAAACUGUCGGAGAAGACCUUGAAUGUCGAUCUUGUAGUAUACGAAAAGAACAAAACGCUUGGAGGUACUUGGUAUGAGAACCAAUAUGAGGGAUGUGCUUGCGACAUUCCAAGCGUCUGCUAUCAAUUCACCUGGGACAGAAAGCCAGAUUGGGCAUCUUAUUAUUCUGGCUCUGCGCAAAUUCACCAAUAUCUUGAGGAUCUUUCCGAUAAAUACGACUUGAGGCGAUAUGUCAAAUUUGAGCAUGAGAUUGUAAAAGCCGAAUGGCUUUCUGAAGAGGGUCUGUGGGAGGUGACCAUCAAGCACGGAAGCGAGACUUUCAAAGAUCGAGCCGAGUUUUUGAUCAAUGGCGGUGGUGUAUUGAACAAAUGGCGCUGGCCCAAGAUCAAGGGCAUCGAUGCCCAGGGAAAUACCCCUUUCAGGGGCAAACUGAUGCAUAGUGCUCGAUGGGAUAAAUCGUAUGAUUUGACGGACAAGAAAGUCUUGAACAUUGGGAUUGGCAGCAGCGGUGUUCAGAUCAUUCCAAACAUUGUGGAUCGGGUGGAACAGCUUCAUGUGGUAGCACGCUCUCCAGUUUGGAUCACAAUGGGGUUUGCCCAAACAUGGGCUGCUCAGACCGGCGGUAAUUUCAAGUACUCGGAAGAGAUCAAGCAACGAUUCGUUGAUGAUCCCGAGUUCUAUCAGCGAUACUGCAAAGCGAUCGAGUCCGAACUCAAUGUCCGCUUCAAACUGAUCAUCAAGAAUACCCCCGAGUCCAAAGCCGCCAAAGAGUUUUCAAUCAACGAAAUGACACGCAAGCUGGGGGGCCGKAAAGAUCUCAUCGACAAUCUAAUGCCCAAAGACUUUGACAUUGGCUGCCGAAGACCGACCCCGGGUAAUGGGUUCUUGGAAGCGCUCACACAGGACAAAACUACCGUCCACUUCGGGGAGAUUCAGGAGAUCACCGAGAACGGCUACGUCGAUAAGAAUGGCGUCGAACAUGAAGUCGAUUGCAUUAUCUGUGCUACAGGGUUCGACACAUCUUUCAAGCCGGGGUUUCCAAUCUUAUUCGACGGUAAGAAUCUGCAGGACCAGUUCACAGGAGAUAUCGUAGGCUAUCUGGGCCUCUCAUCCCCUGAAAUCCCAAACUACUUUAUCUUCAUCGGCGCAUAUGGUCCACUUGGACACGGCUCCGUUAUGCCCAUGAUUGAAUUCUACACAGAUUACGUCUUCCAAGUGCUGGAAAAGGUCCAGACGGAAUACAUCAAACGACUUUCAGUGAAGAGAUCCGCUGCCGAGGACUUUACAAGAUAUGCAGACAAAUAUCUGCAAAGAACUGCAUGGAAUGGGCCCUGCAGCUCAUGGUUCAAAAACGGCAAAACUGCAAACAAACCGGUACUCUGGCCCGGUAGCAGGAUCCACUACCUCACAGUGCUAGAAAAGCCUCGCUACGAGCACUUUGACAUCGAAUACAAAACGGACAACAGCUUCAGUUUCCUGGGUGAUGGGUUCUGUACCCGAGAGCUCGAUGGUCGGGAUCUGACGUGGUACAUGGGUCUGCUGAAUCCCGAGGAGGAAGGGGAUAAACAGCCUGGAAGCUUCACUAUGGAUAUGGAGGAUGGUGGAGGUAAAUUUACUGCACGGCAGAAGGAAUAUGAGGAUGCAAGGGCGGAGAAACAGGCUGUUGUUGAUGGGAAUGCUACGGGUUGA